AACUCACUAUCGUUUUGUUAUUUAGAAUUUCAUGAAAUAGUUUGUUGAUGGAUUGAAAUUGCGCUUAAAGUUUUAAAAAUGUCGGAUACAACAAUAGCUGCUACUAAUAACGAAGCUGGUGAAGGCACCUCUAAGCUAACCAAUGCACAAAGGUUGCGCAUUGAGCGGAAUCAAGCUAAGGCAAAAAAACUAAAGGAGGCAAAAUUAGUGGCUCACCCCUCUGCCACUUUUCAAAACAACAAUGUAACCGAGGAGCGCCCAAGUGCUGGCCAGGGAAAUUCGAUUAUCAAGGUGCAGGGCACUAAGUACAUUGACAGCGGCGGUGGCUUUUUGUUGGAGCAGCCCGUACUGCCUACGGCGGACACAACAGCAGCUGAGCCCGCGGAGCUACCGAUCAUUGAGGAUGCCAUUGCUAUACCCGUGGUGUAUGAGGAGUGCCUGGAGUGUGGCGAUCAGUAUGCCGAUUCCUAUUUGUUCAAUAACUUUGGCCAUUCCGUCUGCGACAAGUGCCGCGACACCGAGGAGAAGCAUUCACUCAUCACACGCACCGAGGCUAAGGCAGAGUACUUGCUAAAGGAUUGCGAUUUUGAUAAACGAGAACCUCCACUGCGUUACAUUAGUCGCAAGAAUCCACAUAAUGUGCGCUGGGGCGAGAUGAAAUUGUAUUUGCAUCUGCAGGUGGAGAAGCGUGCCAUGGAGGUGUGGGGAAGCGAAGAGGCGCUAAUGCGCCAGCAUGAGAAUCGCGAGGAUAAGCGUGAUGUUGGCAAAGCACGUAAAUACAAUAAACAGAUGAAGCAGCUUCGCAUGGAGGUGCGCAGCAGCAUUUAUACUAAAAAAACAACUGCAGUGCAUGAGCAUGAAUUCGGAGCAGAUACUUAUAACGAAGAGGAGGACAACUAUACGCACUCCUGCCUAACAUGCCCAUAUACCGAAACAUAUGAAAAGAUGUAAAGCUUACAAUUUAUAUACCAUUCAAAAUCAUAUUGUCAUACUGUACAUAUACACAAUAUACACAUAAUUAAGUUCUA